AUGAGUCAGUUGGUGGACCUCGUGCAGUGGGAACUAGGGGCGGGCACAAGGGUGGUCGUGGCGAGGCGGAACCUGGAGUGCGAUGACUACGUGGACCACGACCUCUUCGACCCAGACUACACCCUCGCUGGAACGACCGGCUACAGCCUGUGGGAGGGCGCAGCCGCGAUGUCCAAGCUCCUCGCGGGGGACCUGGGCACAACGUUACGGGGCAAGCGGGUGGUCGAACUGGGCGCGGGGACGGGCCUGGCGGGGCUCUGCGCGGCGGCGCUCGGCGCGCACGUCCUCCUCACGGACCUCAGACCCGUCGUGGAAGGGAUUCUGAGGAACAACGUCACGCGGAACACGGGCACGGCGGUCAGCGGGCCCGGCGCGGAGCGCCCUGCGAUGACCCCGCCGUCGACCCCCGACGGCUCCUCGCGCCGCUGGCAAGGCGCGGUGCCGGUGGGCGCGGGGACGGCGGCGGCGCAGCCGCUGGACUGGAGCGUCCCGACGGCGACGCAGACGCAGCCGAACGACCCGCACGACGCGGACGUGGUCAUCGGCGCGGACUGCGUCUUCCUGAAGGAGACCGCGGAGCCCUUUGCCGCCACCAUCGCGUCCCUGCUCCGUUCCAAAAGGAAGCCGACGGCGUACGUGGCGUUCAUCGACCGGUCGCGUCCGGAGAGUAAGAGCUUCGCGAGCCGCGCAGACGUGCAGCGGGCCCUGGAGGACGCGGGGUGUUCGCUGGAGGUGUUCCACGAGGGGCCGCACGACACCGUGGACGAGAAGAACGCGCCCAUCCAGGUGCAGGUCGUCGUGUGGGCCAUCGCGCACCUCGUCAACGGCGAAUGA